AUCAAAAUGGCCGAUUCGUUAUGGGAAGAUCGCGAUGUCAGAUUCGACAUUAAUCCAAAUCAGCUACGUAUGAGAUCGGGAGAAAGAUGUAUUGACAGAUUAGAUGCUAUUGAAGAUACAAAAGGCAACAAUGGAGAUAGAGGUAGAUUAGUUGUGACCAAUUUAAGAUUAAUUUGGCACUCUCUAGCUCUACCUAGAGUUAACCUAUCUAUUGGUUUUAAUUGUGUUAUUAAUAUUUCUACAAAAACAGCAAAUUCAAAAUUACGUGGAACCUCAGAAGCUCUGUAUGUUUUAACUAAAUGCAACAGUACGAGAUUCGAAUUUAUUUUUACCAAUUUGAUUGCAGGUUCGCCUCGACUUUUUACUUCAGUUAUAGCCGUUCAUAGAGCUUAUGAAACGUCGAAACUGUACCGCGAUUUAAAGCUAAGAGGAGCUCUGAUUCAGAAUAAACAGCUGCGUUUGCUACCUCAAGAAGAAAUCUACGAUCAAGUAAAUGGAGUUUGGAAUCUGUCCAGUGAUCAGGGAAAUUUGGGAACAUUUUAUAUCACGAAUGUUCGAUUGGUCUGGCAUGCUAAUAUUAACGAAUCUUUCAACGUCAGUAUACCUUAUUUACAAAUGAAAACUAUAAAAAUUCGAGAUUCAAAGUUUGGAUUAGCACUAGUUGUUGAAACUUCUUCAAUGAGUGGAGGCUAUGUUCUUGGUUUUAGAAUUGACCCAUCUGAAAAGCUUCAAUCCGUGGCCAAACAAAUUCAGAAUAUACACAAAGUUUAUAGCCAUUGUCCAAUAUUUGGUGUAGAAUUCGAAACUGAAGAAAAGGCCCCUGAUGAUAAAGAAUUAAAAAUAGAACCAAUACAAGAUGACAUUGAUAUAGAACAGGACGACCAGACGGACGCCUUCGCUGCGGACGACAAUAUACAACCACAUUAUAAUGUGGGCAUAUAA